AUGCAUUCUACUACACUACGCGAAAAAGGUCAUGUUGACGUCUCUCCUCACCGUGAACGUGGACCUGUAAACAUAUACUACGAACUCCAUGGCGAUGGGCCAGAACUUGUGUUGCUUGUCAUGGGAUUGAGUACACCAUGCAGUGCAUGGGACUUCCAGGUGGAUUAUCUUGCACGUUCUGGCAAGUACUCGGUGGUCAUUUUCGAUAAUCGCGGCAUGGGCCAUUCAGAUUCCCCACUUGGCAUCUACUCGACAUCACAAAUGGCCAAGGACGCAUUAAUCUUAUUGGAUCACUUGGGAUGGACAAGACGAGUGCAUUUGGUGGGUAUCUCAAUGGGUGGUAUGAUAUCACUCGAAAUGGUAGAUGCUGCCCCAGCCCGAUUCCAAUCCUUGACCUUGACAAGUACCACCGCUAAACGCAACAUUCCCACUUGGACCGCCAUCUCUUCACUCUCCAAGAUUGUGCUAUUCUACCGUAAUCCACGUGACAAGUUGAAGGCAGCCAUGGAACUCGUUUAUCCUGAAACGUGGUUGAGCCAAAAGCCUGAACAUCCCGAUCAUGCCGAGAAAUAUGAUACCAACCGAGAAAUGGCCACAGCAAACUUCAUCAGCCAUGUCGCUCGUUCUCGAUUACAACCUCUCAGGGGCAACAUUGCGCAAACAGCAGCAUGUUUAGGCCACUCCUUCUCGGAUGAUCGACUUUUAAAGAUCAAAUCAAGUGGACUUCCUGUCAUGGUGAUUACAGGCACUUGGGAUAACCUUGUCCGUCCCCAAUACUCGUAUCAUUUGAAAAAGGUGUUGAAUCCUCGCUUUGAAUUAUUCAAAGGUAGUGGUCAUGCCAUCCCCGAAGAACAACCCGAACGUUACAAUGCUUUGCUGGAUGAUCAUUUUACCAAUGCCAGUGUAUCCCAUACCUCCCAAGAAUCCAAAUUGUAG